UCCCGCUCUUCGGGCGUGUGGCCCAAAGAACUCCUGAUCCAGUCUGCUCACGGCAAGUCAGCAGCAAAGAGCACCUAGAAACGCACGGUGCGCUUGCUCCCUCCCUCUUUCCUCUCACUUUUUUUCUAUUCUUUCAACAAAACAAGCCCACUCCCUACCCACACACAGUCACUCGUUAUCGACGCCCUCUUUCGCUCCUUUGACUUUUCUCGUUUCCCACCGCUGUCACUCUCUACUCCCUUUCUCACUUUCAGCUUUUCAACAAGAGGGAGGUGUCAAUUUCUGUCGAAAAGGACGUGGAAUUCGGUUUUCAAUGUCUAGCCACUAAACGAGUCUCCACAAAGGGAGCGAGCAAAAAUCGAACGACCGGUCGACCCGAGUUUUCCCAACCUCGAACGGCAUCGAAACCAGCCGGCAAUAAACACGCUCGACAAUCGAACGUGUUGACAAGGCAUCUUUCUUCGACCAACAACCAUCUUUGUCCUUGGUCCCGUACCACUUUUUUUUUCCUUUCAUCAAUUGGGGUGAAUUUCCUUCCGGACACAACCCGAUUGUCUGACGCAGUGAGGCCACGAGCCCAACGCGAAAGACUUUCAACAAAGACAAUCUUCAUCCUCCAGAAGAGUGAAUCGUAUCUCUUCAAAUUCCGAUCAUUUUAACCAUCACAAACGGUUUCUCAACGAACAAUUCGGCGUCGCAAUCGAAACGACUCGAAAAUCGCCUUGACUUGACAAAAUGAAAUCCUUUAUCAUCGCCUCUGGAGCAGCACUCCUUUGCGCCGUGUCGGGUGCAGCAGUUGGGACACCAGUACUGGUGCCUCGUGCUACUCCGUCAGUAUGGGCCGUGCAAAGGCCCUCGGAGCGACCUGUCGCCAACGAUCCCCGUGUCCAGGGCUGCUUCUCAUCCGCAGGAGAUCUUACAUUCGUCCAGACUGUUGAGUAUAACUCGAGAGACUCAUGCCCCAAGGCCAUUUGCAAUACCAAGCUUGGAAAGGACGUCGGUGGAACGAUUAGGGGAAAUGAAUGUUGGUGUGGCGACAAAUACCCACCAAAGUCAUCACUCGUCGACGACAAGGAUUGCAACGCUGCUUGUACAGGCUAUGGCCAAGAAGCUUGCGGAGGAGACAAGGUUUGGACCAUCUAUAACACAGGCAAGCAGGCAUACGGCGUUGAUUAUAUGCCCGACGAAACCAAAAACAACACUCAAACCGACGCACCGAAGCCUGUCGUUUCCAGUGCUGCUCCGUCUUCGACUCCCUCGGCCCCUCCACAAAGCAGCGGAAGCAACACGGCAGGCAUUGCUGCAGGUGUUGUUGUUGGUGUUGUUGCCCUGGCGGCCAUUGCUGGUGGUGCUUGGUUCUUCUACCGCAAGCGUCGUAACCAGGCACUCGAAGAGGAGCAUCGACGCAACGCUGCUGUAAAUGCUUUCAUCCAUGGCAACAAGCCGCCAAGCAGCAGCGGGGGCGUCUCGCUCACGGACUCGAGGAUGGAUCCCCAGAUGGCUCAAAGGAGGAUGAGCGACGGCAGCAUCGCGGACAAUCAAGACUACUCGAGGAGAAUCCUUCGGGUCACCAACGCUUGAAAUGUUUUCCGAUCACGAAGAACGACAAAGUGUACUUUAUUGACCAUCGGGCAUAUUCGGCGUUUCGCACCUACUACUAUCGAGUUUGGCGGAAGCAUUUCUCUGGGAAGAAUUUGACGGUGUUGCAACUCCCAAAAUAAAAUAAAAAUCCGACUGGGCAUCGAGUCGGUUGGUCACAACCAACUUUUGAACAUAUCGGACCCGCAAAAUUCACCCGGCAUGGCGGCAUGCAAUACAUUCAUUUGAUUACUUUAACUUUCACCACCCGGCGACAGUUCGAACUCGACUUUCCAACCCCGGUCACGUUUAUUUCCAGCCUUUUGAUAUCCAAUCUCGACAUCUACCAGCAACUUCCUGUGUUUCUCUUUUCUUAUCUCCUUUUCCCCAAUCUUUGCCCUGUCAUAAUCCAAAGUGCUUGGGUGCAUGAACAAUGGGUGUCAGUUUCUGUGUUCUCUGUUAGAUGGCGUUUCCUCGGGGGUCAUUGGUGCGGCGCUUGCACCACGCAGAGUCGCGAUGAAGCGAUUCUUCCAUCCCGGUGCUGUGGGGAUUGUUUGUCCCUCUGUGAUGCGCGCGUGCCAAGUUGUUUGCCUUGACCGCAUCUGUGGACGGGAGGAAGGCAUCUGUGUAUAUGUAACCUAUUACUCUCGUCAGUGUGAAGGUGUGGCUCCACAUCAUGAUCCUAGUACGUCCUUUCAGUGGUGGAUCGGGACUUGGUGGAAGGGCUCAUGUCUGGUAGCGCUCGCCGGCGGCUUCUUACCCGAUCUCAGAACCCGGGAACGGCGAGCUGGCUGCCAAGGUGGUUGUUGUAGUUAUUUCUCAGCAGCGACAUAAUCAAGGGUAUAG